AUGCUGGACCUGCUCCUGGUCCUGCCGCACUACAUUGUGUUAUGUUUCAGGCAAGGAUAUGAAGACCCUCACUGGUGGUAUCCAGCAGCCGGCUAUGGGGGUGACUACACAUACCACAGCCACCAGUGGCAGCCGGGGGCCUGGCAGGAUGACAGAGACCUGAGACAGGGAGAGCCUUACCGCAAGAGUACCAAUUACCGGGACCAGCACUACUACAGGGGUUACCACCCCAACUUGGCUGCGACCCCCCCGGGGCAGGACAGGACGCAGACCUACGAUUCCUAUGAGGAGAGCUACGUCUUGGCUGCCCAGCGGGAAUGGGCAGGGGGAGAAACCUUCAGCAGCAAUUCAGGGGAGCCCGGGGGCCAGCCCCAAGAGUCCAGCCUGCUCCGGCAGUACCGUGAGUCGGGGCUCAGCUCCAGCAGCUACGAGCUCAGCCAGUACCUCCACGACGGUGCCGACCGCUACGACCCUGCGCCGUCGGGGACCUGGAGCCCGGCACAGGCAGAGGGGUCCUUGGUGUCCACCCCGGCCCCAGUGGUGCCCCUCAAGUUCUCGGUGCCGCAUGUGGCGGUGUGCUUUGGCCAGCUGGUGCGGGUGUGCCCCCACCGCCCUGCCGAGCGGCAGCUAGCCCACGUCGAGCUAUGCAGCCUGGAGGUAAUCCUUCAUGACACGAAAGAGCUGGAGGAACUACAGGCCUUCCCGGGGCCCCUGACCAGGGAAGAUCUGCACAAGGUGGAUGUGAUGACAUUUUGCCAGCAGAAGAUAGCCACGAGCUGUGAUCUCUCAACACAGAGAGGCAGAGAUUCAGCUCUUCUCUGGAAACUCCUGGUCCUUCUCUGCCGGCAGAAUGGGUCUAUGGUGGGCUCGGACACGGCUGAGCUGCUGAUGCAAGACUGCAGGCGCCAGGAGAAGUACAAGAGGCAAAACCCCGCAGCAAACCUGAUCGGCCUGACGGAUGAUGAGUGGAUGUCGCGUCAGCCGGGGACACUGGACCUCAUCACAGGGGAGGUCCCUCCGAUCGUGGAGACACAGGCACAGAUAGUGGAGAAGUUCACCAAGCUCCUCUACUAUGGCAGGAAGAAAGAUGCUCUGGUCUGGGCCAUGAGAAACCAGCUGUGGGGCCAUGCUCUCUUCCUCUCCAGCAAGAUGGACCCUCGGACCUACAGCUGGGUGCUCACUGGGUUCACCAGCACGCUGGCCACCAAUGACCCCCUGCAGACCCUCUUCCAGCUCAUGUCAGGAAGGAUCCCCCAGGCAGCACUGUGCUGUGGGGAUGCCACAUGGGGAGACUGGAGGCCCCACCUGGCUGUAAUGUUGUCCAACAAAGUUGGAGACGUGGAGCUGAACCACCGAGCCAUCGUCACCAUGGGAGACACUUUGGCUGGCAGGGGAGCAGUCGAAGCAGCUCACUUCUGCUACCUGAUGGCAGAUGUCCCUUUGGGUUACUUCGGGACAAAGGCAGACCGCAUGGUUCUACUGGGCAGCAACCACCGCCAGGCGUUCGCCCAGUUUGCCAGAACAGAGGUCAUCCAGCGGAUGGAAAUCUUUGAGUACUGUCAGCAGCUACGACAGCCUGAAUCCUUCCUGCUCCCCUUCCAGGUGUACAAGCUCCUCUACGCCUCUCGCCUGGCUGACUACGGGCUCCCAGCCCAGGCCCUGCAAUACUGCGAGCAGAUUGCCGCCGCGCUCCUGGGCAAGGAUCCGGCCAGCCACCCCGUCCUGGCCCAGCAGGUGAUGAAGCUAGCCGAGCGGCUGAAGGUCUCUGACCCGCUGGGCCUGGGGGUGACAAGGCCGGAGCGGGCCCAGACGCUGGAGCCAGCCUGGCGGGUAGGGCUCGGGGCCUGCUGCCGGCAGUGGGAGGUGGAAGACAACCUCUCUCCGGAGGUGGCACCCGCUCAGCCCGGGCUCUCCUGGGCUGCUGCGUCGAUGGCAGAUGGAGAGCCCAGCCAAGAGAUUCCCUGGAGCGAAGGCUACCAGUACGGCCAGUGGACCCAGCCUGUGCUGCCCCAUGGACCCAGGUCCCAUGAGGACGUGUCCCUCUGGCCCCCGGCAGCCGCUCAGGUCGCAGCAUUGCCGGUGCCCGGUGUUGGGCAGGACCUGCAGCCCCCCGCACUCGGCCCAGGGACGGCCGUCCCGCAGGGAGGGGUUGUUGCUGAGCCGGUGCCGCAGGCAGACGACAGCCGGCCUUCCUCGGAGAGUGCGGCUGAGGACACUGCUGAAGAGCUGGCACCAGCAGAGGCGGUGAAGCCGGGUGAGGACAAGAGCUCUGGAUUCAGGUGGUUUGGCUGGUUUCGGUCAAAGCCCACCAAGGAAACCUCUGCCAAAGCCAUGUCUGAGACAGCCCCGGACUCCCCCACGCCGGGACCGCAGGAACAGACCUCGCCAUCCCCACCCGACGCCCCUCUCACAGCUGAGACAGGCCCUUCGGCUCAGCCUCCCUCCAGAAACCACGGAGGAAUGCAAGGUGAAAAUACCUUUGCUGUUACUGCAGUGUCCGUUGGGAUGAAAGGCUCGUGGGACAUGGAUGGUGGGGAGGCAGCGGGAGAGCAGACCGGUUCCCAUGGAUCUCCCCCACCAGUGGGCACAGUCCCGCUCUUCAACCCUGUGCAGGUGUCUCAG